UGAGAGCUGCUCAGAGAUUCUCUGCAUUUUCCGCGGGCAGAGUGUCGGCACCCCGAUGUUCAAAGGUGUUUUCUCAAGAUUUUAUUCGAGCUGGAAACAAUGGGCCGAAAGCAUGUUUUCUUUGCAGCGCUGUUGGGAUUCACUGGCUUAUAUGCCCUUUGGCAAUAUGUUAAGAAGAAAGUUCCACAAAGCGUUUGGCUAUGGAAAUCUCUUGAAAGGAAACCAAAAACCCUUGUCGUGUCCGACUCUGCAGAAUGGGAUCGAGCUGAAGACCUGUUGAAUGCAGAUUUAAGAGUUGCCAAAGUUUUGGGAUUUGACUGUGAGUGGGUGAGCAGAACUGAUUACCAUGGGCCUGUAGCAUUGCUGCAGUUGGCUACUGUGACUGGGCUUUGUGUACUGGUUAGACUGUGUAAACUAGAGGAGAUUCCCGAAGGACUGAAGAAAAUAUUAGCUGACAAAAGUAUCUUGAAAACUGGUGUGGACCCACUUAAUGAUGGAAAGAAAAUUACUCAAGAUUAUGAUAUUCCUGUUAAAGGCAGUGUGGAUCUAAGAAAUGUUUUGAGAAGAUUUGUUCGAGGAAUAAAUCCAAAUAUUGGUCUGAAGAAAAUGGCCAAGGACUACCUUGAUGUUGAUAUGGACAAGAGCAUUUUUCUGCGCUGCAGUAAUUGGGAGGCUGACCAACUGACACCAGAGCAAGUUAACUAUGGUGCCACAGAUGCUCUGGUUGGAGUAGAUAUUUUCAUGGCAAUUGUGAGCAGACGCCUGUUUAGGAGUGGAAUUGUGGGUAACUUGUGGUCAGAUGAUGAUUUAUUCAAGAAAAUCCAAGCCAUGUGCCAAGGGCUGGUGGAUGUCAAAUUUUCUGCUGGGCGAAAUAAUAUUUUAGAGUCACAGAAACCUGGUUCAGCUGCUGUCAAUAAACACCUUCCCAAGCCUGUGAAAAAUGCUUAUUCUGCCAGGACCACCCCUCUGUACCACAACUGUCAGUUGCGUGCUCCAGAUGGUCAGCUUCUAAGCACAAUUGACAUAAAAAAGGCACAGUGGUAUAUAGACAAAGAACUAGGAGUGAAGAUCUGCGAUGAUCCUUUCACUGUGAAGUUAAACUUUGAACCCAGUGGGCGACCCGAAUCCAGUAGGAACUAUUACCUUCAAGAAAAGAGCAAUAUCUGUGUUGUUUGUGGCAAAGAAGAAUCAUAUAUAAGGAAAAAUGUUGUUCCUCAUGAGUAUCGCAAAUACUUCCCAUCCAUCAUGAAGGACCACUUGUCUCAUGACAUAGUACUGAUGUGCACAGAUUGUCAUCAGCAAAGCAAUCUCUAUGACAGUGCACUUAAACAGAGACUGGAAGUGAUGUGUGAUGCCCCGUCAGGAUCUCAGAAAGGGGUGAAGUACAGACAAGACCCAACCUUGGCCAAGGUCAGGUCUGCUGGAAAAGCCCUUUUAGAACAUGGAGAUAAAAUUCCUGCUGCAAGAAGAAUAGAAUUGGAGAAAAUAGUAGCAGAUUACUAUGGUAUCGAUGACUUGGAUGAAACAAUACUAAAAGAAUCUGUUGAACUUGAUACCAGACUAGCCAAUGAUGACUUCACACCCCAUGGACUCCAGGUAGUACAGUAUAUGAUCCAGAACAGCUCUCUGGUGCAGUUUGAAAGACAGUGGAGGCAACAUUUUCUAGACUGUAUGAAACCUAAAUAUCUCCCCACCUACUGGUCUGUUGAUCACAACCACGACAGGUUAGCAGACCUGGAUAGUCAAAUGAAGCAGUCCAUUGGAGAAGCAACAUGACAGUGACACCAGAGGGCGAGGCAGGAGUAGACAAGAUAGGAUGGGGUGAAGGUAAACAGUGCAAGAAACUUGUGGUGGCAAGACUAGCAGAUUACAUUGCAUGGAUAAUGUACUAAGUCAUUUAAACACUUGAUAUAUAAGAGUGCAAUAUAAUGGAUGAGAAUCAGGGAAAAAGUUGUAAGAUAUGUCAUUUUUACUUUGAAAAAUUGACAGCUCAGAAGGCUGUUGCCUUUAAACGGCAAGCCCCCUCUGAUAAAUGCAGUAGUUUCUUUAUUAAGUAUAAAAAUUUACAAAAGUGAGGGGAUGCUCUCACGAACUCUAAGUAAGAGUUGUGAUUUCUGUUGUAUACAGUAAUGACUCGCUCGAUCUUUUCAGUGGGCAAAAAUUAUAUCAAACUUUCAGAUACGUCAUUUUAAAACCAUAAAAAUUAUAUUUUUUAU